AUGCCCAGCCUAUUCUCCCGCUCUCGCACAACUUCGUCACUAGCAAAAACACCAAAGCCAGCACAGAACGACGACGCCGUCGUCUACGACGAGUUCGGCCGCAUAUCGAGCAGGACAUCAGCCUUGGGCGUCUCUCUUCCAUCUGCUAGGAAGGACAACAAGAAGAAGGAAUCCAGGUCGCGCACCGUCUCCACCGCACGAGGCAAGGGCAACGCAGCAGUCGAGGACGAAGGCCCACAGAUCCCAGACGGCAGUUUUCUCGCACUCAGUCUCGAACCUCCGACUCGUCUGGACGUCGGCGAGGUCGCUGCCGCCGUUCGCGAGCGCGACCACGACUACGGCUAUCUUUCUUACCAGCGUCAUGUCAUUCUAGGUCUGGAAGAGACGGACAGGCUUGUGAAGGCUGUCGCAGACGAACUUGGCACUCGAGGCCUCACCACUCCUUUCAUCUUCUCUAGUCUCGCUCUCGACAUCAACACACCCGGCGUCCGACGGCUCAUCCAGGCCUUCAUUCGAACAUGCUCACCUUCUCCUGGCCGAGACGUAGAAACUGCAUGGCGCGACGAGAUUAGGUUCGCUGGUCCUCAUGAGCUUGGGAUGUGCUUGAGGUGGGGCUUGGCCAGAGUCGUCCGCUUGGUCGGCGGUAACGCCGUUCGUGGGCUGGUCGCGUGGGACUUCUACGUUGAAUGGAGCGAGGCAGAGAUCUUGCUCAAUUACCCGCCUUCACACUUCGCCGAGUUCGUCAAACCCAUGCCGCCGCCCCUUCAGGCCAUAAUCAUCAACGUCCUCACUCUCCUUACUCGUUUGACUGCCCAUUCCGCUUCUUCCGGCCAUACUCCACCCACUCUUUCCCCUCUUUUCGGGCCUCUCGUCUUCGGACUGGGUCCUGCGGCGCUUCCAUUCCAUCACACCUACGUUCACUACCUCCGCGCGACAAACGCCAUGGAACAUCUCAUUCUCUCCUUCAUUCGCUUCCAAGACAACCCCAAUAACACAUCAUCGAGCAGUCUUGGCCACGGUAGCGCGACCUCCAUGGGUGUACCGACCCGCCUCAAGGACUGGAUUCGUGGCUACCCAGCUAUGCUUCCCGCGGCACGAACGAAGAAAGAGAAGCUAUCGCCUCGUCGCGGAGCUCGGACGGUCCGCGUUGUCAGCGUACGACGCAACGUCCGCUUUUACACCCCCGACCUUGUCAAGAACGCGGCCAGCUGGGGCACGCGCACUCCAGAAUCCUCGGGCGGCGGACUCGCGAGUUCGCGAGAGUGGGAGCGAGUCGCGCCGUCAACAUUGAAGCUGUCACCACGGUACGCGGACGGAUACAAGAAGCGGAUGGACCUUCCUGUGAACUUCCACCCUAACACCGGGCCCGGGUCGCCCAGUACCGUAUCCUCUUCCGGCUCUACCACCAGCGCGAGCGGAUCCUUGACGAGUAACAAUGAUUACCUACUUGGAAAGCCGAAGGGAGAGUCGCUGGUGAACGAGGAGAGGUUCAGGAAUCUUGCAGAUCUGAAGUGGGGCGAGUUUGAGUCGGUGGGUUUCGGUGGGCUGGGGACGGACGAGAAGAAGCUGCAGUUCGACCUUACGGAGAGCGCGAGGACGUCUCGCACGGCGAAGCGUCAGACUUUGACCUGGACCGAUUUCUCUUCCUCUGGCUUCUCGCGCACCGAUGCACCACUCAACGCCACACUCCAAUUCAGCGCCCCCGUCUCGAACACCAUUUCGUCCUGGCCGUCGAAUCAAGCCGAGAUCACCCGGAAGUUGAAGAAGACGCAGCGCGCGUUGCCGCCGUUUGGGUGGGAUACUAAUCCCGUGAUGGGAUCCGAGGAGGUGAUCGAGGAAGCCUUCGUCGAUGUCUUUUGUGAUCUGGUAUACGGUGGUGGAUGGAUGGAUAUGGAACGAGAGGAGGAGCUGGACAGGGAGUGUAACUGGGCAUUGGUGGAAUUCAAAGCCCUUCCGGUGGCCAAAUCGACGGUAACCGGUGACGCAGAUCCACGAAGCUCCCAGAUCCUCUUCCUCUUCGAAGAAUUCGUCCCUCUCGAAUACAGACAACAGCUCACCUCCGGCAACAAACGCAAACUCGUCUCGCUGUUCACCACGACCAAGUCGAAGCAGUGGAAGCCUGCCGCCACACUCAACGGUCGCCCAUACGUGAUCGGCCACGUCCCACGAACCGCAACCUACGGCGAAGUCGACUUCGAAGGCAUGCUCCGCGGCGGCAACAGUUCCACCAAAGUCCUAUCGCUCAACAAGAACGGCGCCGUCAAGUCCGUCACCACCGGCUUACCGCCUCCAUCCGUCGGAGCUCAGAUCAGCUCGCCUCUCUCGACCAAGCAGUUCGCCGUCAUCUCAGGACAGAGGGCAGGCACCCCGACGCCGCGCUCGGACUCUCCGUCGACGCCGGGUGGUGCUGGAUCGCCUGUGACCGGGAAGAAGUCGCGGUUUCGACUGAUUCCAAGCGUCACGAGCCCGAAUGCUCGCAAGUCGGUCAUUCCUCCUUCUGAAUAUGAGAAUGUCGAUUUUGAAACUCGUCUGGCGAGCUACAGUGAUGACGAACUGAACGAGUCCAACGGGACCGGCGAUCCGACGACGUCGAAGAGCCAGAGGAGGCAGUCCAAGGACGACGCCUGGGUCGAUAUCCUCGUCGCGAAUUCCGGCAGGAGGUUGAACAACCAGGAGGCGGAGUUGAGGGUCCCGAGAGGACGGGGCUUGAAAGGUGGGCGCUCGGAUCCUGAGUUGGCGAGUAUGGAGGUCGCUGCGGCUCUGGCUGCUGUUCAAGGCAAGGUUCCGGAUGACGAAGACGACGAGGGGGAUGAUAUCGAGCCGAUGACGAUGUCUGGCGCUCCGGUGCACACUACUGACACGGAUACGCUCGAUGAUACGCCUUCGGUGACGGAUACGGGAGACGCUGAGACGGCGGAGUACGAUGCCGAGGACGGAGCGGCACCGCCACCGACGACACAGCAGAGGCGCAUGGGCUACUUCGACUUGCAUCCCGAACGUCGACCUCCGCACUCGGCUAGUGGCGACGACGACGACGACGACGACGAUGAAGAUGAUCCCCGGGGUGCGAUUGGCCGACGCUCGCGCGAUACUGACGACAUGACGGACUAUCCUCCUCUUUCCGCCGGGCCUACUCAGUCUAUCACCAUGUCCGACGAUUUCGAGGCCGUAGAAGAGCCGUCGCCUGGGUUUCCCCACCCCGACUACGACGCACCCGGCUCGACGCCAGCCGCACCAGAGAAGUCGCCCGCCGUGCCCGCCAAACCGGUGUCGAACAAGACGGCAGCGCUCAUCGAGAUGUAUCGCGAACGCGAGCGGGGUGGAGCAACUAGUAGCAUCGCGUCGCCCGUCGCGCGUCUGCCCGUAGUUCCGCCGAAGAGCAAGGAGAGAGACAUAACACCGUCCGUUACUCCUCCCUCUCAUACGAAAACUCCUCCUCAAGCAGAUAAAUUAGAACCCCCGGUGUUGGAGUUUGAGCCGAGAGCAGAAUCUCCGUCGCGAUACGUGCAUGGAGCGCCGUUGCAUAACGUGGUCGAGGAGGAGGAGGAGGAAGAGGCAUGA